UUCUUGCCCUUCCUAAACCGUGCACAGCCUGAAGCAUUGAGGACACCAUCACCUCAACGCGUACUGGAAUAGUUUUGUUUUUUCCCAGACGCACCAAGUUGCAGCUGCAGAGGCGCACUUUUCUCCGUGGCUCCUCUCUCCUUUUGCGCUCACAAUCCGAAAUGGAAGAUGGUCCGUCUUCAACAAGCUGUUUCAGAAGGUUAACGGACUGUUUCCUGGGUGCAAGCUUGACAGAUGAGAAAGUGAAGGCCUACCUCUCGCUGCACCCGCAGAUGCUGGACGACUUCGUGUUGGAGAGCGUGAGUGCAGAGACGUUGGACAGAUGGCUGAAGAGGAAGACCAGCAGCAGGCCUGCAGAUGACACAUCAGCUAAAGAAGUCAGCAGGCAGUACCAGGACACAAAUAUGCAGGGCGUGGUGUACGAACUCAACAGCUACAUGGAGCAGCGUCUGGACACUGGAGGAGACAACAAACUCCUGCUCUAUGAGUUGUGCAACAUCAUCAAAACAGCAACAAAAGCUGAUGGAUUUGCACUUUACUUCUUGGGAGAAUGCAACAAUAGUUUAUGUUUGUUCACUCCAACGGGGGCCAAGGAUGGCCCUCCAAGCCUCAUCCCCUCCGGCCCCAUCGCAUUUGGGACAACCAUUGCCGCUCAUGUUGCCAAGACUCGCAAAACACUGCUAGUAGAGGACAUCAUGGGGGACGAGCGCUUCCCCGACGGCACAGGGCAGGACUCAGGGAUCCACGUUCACUCUGUCCUGUGCCUCCCCAUCCUCACUGCCAUCGGGGACCUCAUUGCCAUCCUGGAGCUGCAUCGGCACUGGGGCAAGGAGCCCUUCAACCUCAGCCACCAGGAGGUUGCAACAGCUAAUUUAGCGUGGGCAUCGGUUGCCAUUCAUCAAGUACAGGUGUGCAGAGGCCUCGCCAAACAGACUGAGCUCAAUGACUUCCUACUAGAUGUGUCAAAAACAUACUUUGAUAACAUUGUGGCAAUAGAUUCUCUACUUGAACAUAUUAUGAUAUAUGCAAAAAACCUGGUGAAUGCGGACAGGUGCGCACUCUUCCAGGUAGAUCACAACAACAAAGAACUGUACUCUGACCUGUUCGAUAUCGGGGAAGAGAAAGAAGGCAAACCUGUCUUUAGGAAAACCAAAGAAAUUAGGUUUUCUAUAGACAAGGGAAUAGCUGGCCAAGUGGCUCGGACAGGGGAAGUCUUAAAUAUCCCAGAUGCCUAUGCAGACCCACGGUUCAACAGAGAGGUGGACCUCAAAACCGGCUACACCACGCGGAACAUCCUGUGCAUGCCCAUCGUGAGCAGGGGGUCCGUUAUAGGUGUGGUGCAGAUGGUGAACAAGCUAAGCGGAAGUGCCUUCACUAAAACAGAUGAGAACAACUUUAAGAUGUUUGCUGUCUUUUGUGCUCUGGCCUUACACUGUGCAAACAUGUACCACAGGAUCCGGCACUCUGAAUGCAUUUACAGAGUGACGAUGGAAAAACUGUCUUAUCACAGCAUCUGCACAUCAGAAGAAUGGAAGACCCUUACCCAGCUCAACCUCCCUGCACCCAUUUAUAAAGAGAUCGAAAUGUUCCACUUUGACAUUAAUCCCUUUGAGGAGAUCUGGCCUGCUGUCUUUAUCUACAUGGUUCAUAACUCCUGUGGAAAGACCAGCUUUGAGCUGGAGAAGCUGUGUCGCUUCACCAUGUCCGUGCGGAAGAACUACCGGCGUGUGCCCUACCACAACUGGAAGCACGCAGUGACGGUGGCACACUGUAUGUACGCCAUCCUGCAGAAAACCUCGGGGAUGUUCACAGAGCUAGAGAAGAAAGGUCUGUUAAUAGCUUGCCUGUGCCAUGAUCUGGAUCAUCGGGGGUACAGCAACACGUACCUGCAGAAGUUUGACCAUCCGCUGGCUGCUCUGUACUCCACCUCCACCAUGGAGCAACACCACUUCUCUCAGACCGUCUCCAUCCUGCAGCUGGAAGGGCACAAUAUUUUCUCCAACCUGAAUUCCAGCGAGUACGAGCAGGUGUUGGAGAUCAUCCGGAAGGCCAUCAUCGCCACGGACCUCGCCCUGUACUUCAACAACCACCAGCAGCUGACGGAGCUGCUGACCUUGCAUGCGCUGGACUUGAACAACCAAUCACACAGGGACCGUGUGAUUGGUCUGAUGAUGACAGCAUGUGACCUGUGUUCUGUUACCAAGAAAUGGCAAAUCACACGACUCACAGCCAACGACAUCUAUGCUGAGUUCUGGGCUGAGGGAGAUGAGAUGAAAAAGAUUGGGAUGCAGCCGAUCCCUAUGAUGGACCGAGACAAGAAGGAUGAGGUUCCUCAAGGCCAAGUGGGAUUCUACAAUGCUGUUGCAAUUCCAUGUUACACGACACUAGCAGAGCUUUUCCCUCCGUCCAAUCCUCUUCUAAAAGCCUGCAAGGAGAACCUGGGCCAGUGGGAGAAGAUAUCUCGGGGAGAGGUGGAGGACAUCAUGCCCAGCCGGCCUUGUGAUUCAGGCCCUGUCAAGGUGGACAACUGACUACCAAAGGGGUUGCUGGCUCACCAAAGGAAUACAACCUGAAUCCUGCCGCAGACCUGGUACUCUGUAGGGGGAAGGACCCGCAUCCUGUGUCAGCAGGAGACGGAUCAGCUAAAGGCGACUUGACUUUGAAAACACACAGUUACCUCAUUGGGUGACGGAGGUGUCAACACUGACGGUUUCACCGAUCCCAGAGACUGACAGACAGCUGAUGGGGAGGGACUUCAACCCAUCACCCUACAUCCACUCAGCUUGGGAAUUCAUUGGGUAGAAUGGACUUGCGCCAUUGUGGUUGUUUUACUUUAGCUGUUUUAUGUUAUUUUAUGUUUUUUUUUUAUUUGAGCUGAUUCUUUUAUGGUCUUGUAUUUGCAGAGGCCUUACUCUGAACCUUUCACAGGCUACAAUAUGUGAAAUCUUGUUGUCGGUUCAGGCUUUUUUUAAAAAAAUGGUACUGUUUGCCUUCUGUGGUAGGUUUAUCGUACGCGCACUACUUCAGCAAGGUAUUCCCAGAGACAGAAGGAAUGUGUAGAGCAGACAUAUGGUGUGAUGCCACCUUACUGAGAAGGUGGAUGUCAGAAUGUUUUUUUUUAAUUACUUUUUGAGCAAAAAUCCUUUGCAGUACUUGAAUAAAGACAUACAGCCUAUUCGAGGUGGAGAUGGCAGAAACCCCCCGCAGCAUAUUCUCUACGAAACCUUGAUGAACUGUGGCGAGAGGAGUUAGAUAAUGUCGACACUUGUGAACGCGGUCACGAGAGAGUCAUAAUGUUUCUCUCUGAAGUGGACCCCUCAGUACUGUCCCCGCCCCCGGCAUUUAGGGACCUGCUGUAUCGUACAGAGACUCUCUACUGAUUAACAUCUGAUCCCAGGCCAGCAGUAACAGUAACAAGACAGAAAAAAAAGAGCCCAAACAGGAUCUGCUUCAGUUAUAGUGAGCCAACACUGCAAACAAUUGAAUUUCCACUCUCAUAACAAUUUUCACAUCACUAUCACAUCAUAAAUUAUUUUACACUACAAUCUGGUUCCUCCUCAUUAAUCAGUAAUCAUUUCUACACUCAUGAAUAAAACACAAGUCAAAUGAGAUCCCAGCUGAUUUUAGAGAGUAUAAAGAUUUGUUUGCAGUGACACAACAAACUUUACAUGUUGACUACCUAAUGUAAUGUCAGCACCCUCAUUUGUACCGCGUGGUGAAGGCGUGAAUUAUUGAGGUAUAAAUUAAAGACUGAAGGGUGGAGUAAGUCUUGGCCUCUACGGUCUCUUUGAGAGAGACAGGUGUCCCUGCAGGUUCAAAUCCGUAGUGAUGACACUGAACUCAUUUAGCUGUUGAUGUCAGGAACAGCAGCUCAACAGGAGUCUCAACAGCGGUCGGCCUCAUAUUUUCCCACAACCUCAAACCAGUUAAGAUAAAGUGCGUCGCGUGUAUCUCUGGGACUGCAACUCAAGAAUGUUGGCUGACUUUUUGCAGGUGUGCAACACAAGUUCCCCUCACAUCCACGACCUGUCGAAGGAAAUAGAUCCUCCUCCUUUACGCUGGCUCUCCAACAAAAUGCACGGGGGUACAUUUGGACUCUUCCGAAAGAGUUUCCGAGAUCUUCCAAAAGACAAUAGUUUUGUCUGAAACUGUCAUUCCAGUGGACGUUGUCCCUCCGAGACUGAAAUUACUGCUCAAAUAAUUUGUUUUUAUGACUGGUACUGUGGCCCCCUAUGGUGUGAAUGUACAUUUUGAUGAAUGUUUUGUUGAUUGCAGAUCCUCGGUGGUGGCAGUUUUCCAUGAUGUGCUCUGUCUUACUUUUCAGAAUUGCUUCCAGUAAGCUUCAACCAAGAGCAACAAUUAGCAUGCACCUAAACUGAAGUUUAUAUAUAAUUUUGCAUAUACGGUAAUAGGUGUAUACUGUGUACAAUCUAGGAAUUAGUUUGUACAGACUGAGAUGUAUGCUCUGAUGGUGCUAAACUGAAUGGCAGUCGCGCACUUUCUGACUGGGCGUGUACACUGUGGGUGUGUGUGUGUGUGUGUGUGUGUGUGUGUGUGUGUGUGUGUAUGAGAGAGAGAGAGAGAAAGCUUUGACUGUCUCUUUCCCCCCUCCAACCCCACCUGAGAACAUGGUAAAGUCCAUAACACUGCACUGUCCCUUCUACUUUUCAGCACCAGUUAUAUCGCAUUGUCUGCACUAUGUUUAGCUUAUGAUCUCUACCAUCAUUAUUAUUGAUUAUUAUUAUUAUUAUUGCUAUUAUUACUGUUAUUUUCUUAAUUAGAGUUAAAUUUAAAUUAACUUAUAUUUUUUAUACAAAGAAAAAUAAUGUUGGCCUUUUUGUUUUGUACAAAGUAAACAUUAAGAUAAACAAAACGGUCUAGACAUGUUACUGUUACCCAGAAUAAUUGCGGAAUGUCUCAACUGUAAAUGUAAGAGCAGUAGCCCAAAUGACUUUUAUUAAAUACCUGAAAAAUA